AUGUCACUGAUCGAGGGGUGGCUCCCGCCAACGCGGGAGAACUGGGAGACCAUCACGACGGUGUGGCAGCUUUCCUGGCCUGUGUUCGGCUCGCUGCAGUAUGUCAUCAACUGGUACGGCAUGGGCAAGACCUCGGUCACGAGCCGCCUCAACAUCCCCGGCCGCCUUGCGUGGUUCCUGAUGGAGAUCCCGGGCGUCACGGUGCUGUUGUACAUUAUGAAUAUCCUGCCGCGGCAGGUCGGCAUCGAGGAUCUGCCUUGGCAAAAUAAGGUGUUAGCUGGUCUAUUCACUAUACAUUACGCCUACCGCGCCGUCCUCUUCCCGAUAAUCCAACCCUCCAUGUCCCCAAUCCACGUCCUCGUCGCCGCCUCCGCCGUCCUAUUCCAGCUCAUGAACGCAACAUGCCUGGGAAGCUACCUCGCCGCCUACGGCCCCACGACAGCCGCAGCCUGGGACUCUGCCCUCGGCCGCGGCGGGAUCGCGCAGUUCGUCGCAGGCAUCGCCGUCUUCUACGUCGGGCUGACGCUAAACUACUUCCACGACGAGGAGCUGCGCGAGAUCCGCCGGACGGAGCAGCGGCGCCAGGACAAGAUUGCGAAGCAAUCGAGACAAGAGGGCAAGGAGAUGGUCAAGGGCGUGGACAAGCACUAUCGCUUGCCCGAGACGAUGCUGUUCCGGUAUAUGCUGUACCCGCACUACUUUUGCGAGUGGGUGGAGUGGUUUGGGUUCUGGAUGGCGAGCGGUUGGAGCGUUCCGGGCAGGGCGUUUUUCCUGAAUGAGAUUUUUGUCAUGUUUCCCAGGGCGAGGAGCGGGCGGCGGUGGUACGUUGGGCAGUUUGGGGAGGAGAAGGUUGGGAGGAAGUGGACUAUUAUUCCGGGGGUUUAUUGA